CGGAGAGAAAACAUUACAUUUGGAAGUGGAGUGUAAAUUUUUUAUUGCGAAGUGGGUGAUUAAGUUUAGAGCAGAAAAAAUACAGCAAAAUGGAUUAUUGAGUUGCAAUACUGAAGUAAAUCAAGUGUUGACUUGUUUUCUGAAUGUUUGAAACAAGCAGAAUUUCCGCCAUGGCCGAGGAGGACAAAGCCUCUCGCAACGAUGAGGUGUGGAAACGAGUCAAGACGUACAUACCGUUCCUGCAGGAGUUGAUUAGUUUCUACAAAAAUGACAACCAGCAGAACAGGCAGCAGCAGCUUCAAAAGCUGACCACCAUGUACGAUCUGCUGACAAACAAGAGAUUAAACUACGGUUCGCUCUGCAAAUGUGAGGGGGUGCUGAUUAAGCUGUAUGAAACGAACCCGUUGAAGAAAAAGGACGCAACGGAUGAGGCGCCAAAAGACUCUGCGUCCACUGAGUCUGAAUCACCAGAAGAGCCAGCUGCCGAAACGUCCUCAGCGGAUAUUCCAACCCCGGCAUCUCCGGUUCCAGACACACCGGCCGAGCCCGAUCCGGAACCGGAGCCCACCGAAGCAGUCGCCGAUAGUCGUGAUCAUAUUGUGUCGUCGAAUGAUCGUACCAAAUCGCCUGAUAGAGCUACCGAAAAGCCACCGCUAACGCUGGAUGAGAUCCAAAGACUGAUUAUCGAGAAGCCCAACACCAAGGUGCGGGCGGCAAUCAACGAUACGUUGAAAUCGUUGAAGCGGAUUCCGCCGGUGCCUUUUGACCACAACCAUGGCAACCCGAAUAUCCCGUUCCCCCCUGCUUCACACAUGAUGCCACCUUCGCCGGUCGACGUUUCUCCAACAUCGUCGUACUGGCAGACUGAAAAUGAUUCUUAUGAACACUUUCCACAUCCGGCGACCAACUCCUUUCGGCCCACGGUAUCUCGCAACAGUAACAUCAUUGAGCUGACUCCAGGACCGUCGGAGUUGUCUCCUCUUUAUCGACGCCGCGAGAAUUUGCCUACGGAUGAUGUGCGAAUGACGAAUGAUCGAAUGGAUAUUUCCCCCCUGUACACACCGCCCCAAACAGUGCCACCACCAGUGCCGGUCCAUCCUCCGAUGAUUAAAGAUCCCCGACUUCGGAAAGCAGCGGCAAUUUCCACCGGAAUGCCGUUGCCCGACCAAGCUCCUCCUGAUCCUGUGAAUCGGUUUCAUUUGCCCCCCAAUACUCAUGACCCACGAGUGGCUCGUCCCCUUCCACCUGCCCCGCCUCCUCCGAACGAGCUGCCCAAGUGUAUCGCUCCGAAUCCCAAUCUUCCAUUGGAAUUCCCGAAGCGACGACUGAGUAUCUGCGCCAACCAGGUGAUUGUAGAGGAAAUUCCUCCGGAGCCCGUGCUGCAACCCGUAACUGGGUUUCCAGCUCGUCGAAUGAGUGUUGGAGUAGAAAGAUUGCCAGCACCACCACCGCCACCGUCACAGUACGAUCAACCUUUUCACGGACCACCGUUCGUGCCACCACCGGUUCAACCGUCACUGCCCAUUUUCCCAGUAUCAGCGCAACCUCAUCCGAUGAUGAUUCCGCCACUGCCCAUGGAUGUCCCCUCUGUUGUAGAUCGUGAUCCUCGCCGGAAGCAUCAACAUGGCGGCGAUUUUAGGGGCCCUCCGUCGCAUCCACAGCAGCAUGUGACAGGACGAUUGGAUCAUUUGGUACCUGGCCCUAACAGGACACCGUCUACGUAUGCUGAGUAUCGUCGUCAGAAGGAAAUGCGAGAGAAACACAUAAGUGAUAAAGGCAAGGAAAUCCGUAAGCCGGACGUGGACAAGUCAAAACCCGUCGAAGAUCCCAGCUUGUCCAUCGGAAUGGUUCCCAAUAACAACCGCGUGGCUGCCAAGGCAUACGCAAAACCGGGAAAGCCGUCUAAUCACAAGGAACGACACUUUGCUCCCCAAGCAAAAGAUCACGUCAAGCACGAUGCUAAGUCGAGCUUUAAGCCGUACAAGCACAACUCCCCAGCGUCUGGCUCCUCGUCGUCAUCCUCGCACAAACCCGAGAAGAAACAGCAUCCAUCGGAGAAAAAGGACAAGUCAGUCGCCGGUUCGAAGGGUAGGGAUCUAUUUGGUGAGCAGCUGUCCUCGUUCGACAAGAUGUAUCGCAGCGGAGAUUUUUCCAAAAAGUCUUCCUCCCCCGCGACGGGAAUUGGCGGGUUCAAAAUCCCCAAAAUCAAACGAGUGGAACCACCGGCUCCGCCCAAGAUUGUUGAGGAAAAGGAAGAGAAAACCGCCGGAAAAAGUCGACCAAACGCGAACAAAGAGAAAAGCAAAUCUCCCGAGCCACCGAAGGGCAGCAUCGAAGACGACGACUUGUGGGAUGCCGAUGAACUGCCGAAGCAAGCAGCACCGAAGGAAGGCAAAAAGAAAGGACCAAAAAAGCAGCCAAAGCCAGCCGCAGCAAGUCUGUGCACGGACGACGAUAUGUGGGAUAACGAUCCAGUGCCGUCGAUUGAACCUGCUGAACCGUCUCCGCCGGCGGAGGAGUCUAACGUUGACAGCGACAAGCCGGAAUUCCAGAUCCCAACCAUCGUUCCUAGCGCUACCAAAGAGAAGCCAGUAUUCCAGAUGCCAGCAAUUCCGGCUGCGCGCAGGAUCAUGACUCGACGAAACUCGGUGGCUAUCAGUCAAAUGCACGGUGAUGAGGUGCGAAAGCCGGUGGUGGCAUUACCUACAUCGGUUCCAGCAAGGAUCACGAGACGUCGGGCAUCGAUCGCGGUGUCACAGGAUGAUAUUGAACGAAAUUCGGCCAAUACACCGCCUCCUGCAGCUCCAACGGCUGAUGCUGACGAUGAAGUUGUGGUCAGGAAGCUGCGUAAAAACCGUAAGCGUAUAGUGGUUAUCGACGACGACGACGACGAUGACGAAGAUGAAAAACCGGUGACGACUGACGAAGGCGAAACUACAGUCUCGUCAGCAGAAAUCGCGACGAAACCAACGGAGGAAGCUGCCAGUGAAAAUGUCGUGUCGAGCACCACCAGCGAGCCACAAGGCAAAAAGGCCAAGAAGAAGCCCGGCCGUAAACCACGAGUUGCUUUGGCUGACGAAGAUCAUACAGCAAGUGAUGACACAACCGCCGAGCAGACUGAUCUAAAGGACGAGGACACGAAAGUUCCGGAUGAAGAGCCUACUAAGUGCACCGAUGAAGACAAGAAGGAAAACAAGGACGGCAUAGAGAGCCUGUUGUCUAAUUCCACCCCGGAUAACAAAGCCCAACUGUUGGCGAUGCUGAGCACAAUGUUGGACGAGAAGAAGCUGAAGAAAAUCCAGGAAAUCAUCGAAAGUCCCAGUGACAAGACCAUCCAGAACGAGCAGGAUCAAAAGCCGGACGACGGCGAAGCUGAAGGCAGCAGGGAACGUACUACAUCCGCGUCAAUCAGCUCUACGAAUGAAGCUUGCGAGAAAGAAAAGAACGCCGCCGCCGUCAAGAAGAAGCGAAAGGCGACAGAACUGGACAAGCUGAACGAAAAUAUUGCGGAAUGCUACGAUCGGGACGAAAUCCUCAAAGCAACCGGAAGACGAAGCUGCACCAGACGCAGCAUACCGGUGACUGAAGAUGUCGUCAAACCUCCUGCAACGAAGCGUUCAGUGGUGGAUCUCACGCAACCGAAGGAGAAGGCUGAACCAAAGCUGCGAAAUUUGAAGGUGGUGGUCCAGAAGCUGGACAUGACCAUGAUAAACGGUCGUGCUCGAAAAUUUACCGAAGAGAGUGUGGACGAUGACCACGUGUCGAUUGCGUCCAGUUCGGCGUCUGUUUCGCCGAAAUCGAAAAAGAAGCGACGAAACGUUUGGGCGACGGGAGUUGUAUCUAAGAAGAAGAAAAAGACGGAGGCCAAACCUCAGCAGACAGCCUCUUCUCCGAUGAAAACGUACGCUCCGAAACCGGUGACCAAGAACACGCUUCGUGAGCUGCACUGUAAGAGUGACAAGUCCAAGGAUUGUGCCCUCUGCUCAUAUACCGGACAGAUUUCAAGCAUGGUUCAACACUACGUGCGCUAUCACCCGUUGCACGAGGUGUACCUGAGCCGGAUUCCGAACCCGACCGCCAACAAGAUCAAGAAGGACCCCAUGAAGGUUACGGGUAACAUCUGCGAGCAGAACAUUACCUUCGAAUGCAUCUUCUGCAAGGAAGUUCUAACGAAGACGAGGUACAACUGGAAACUGCACUUGGCGAGCCACACCGGAGAGUAUCGGUACAAGUGCACGAACUGCACGAUCAAAUCUCUGACGCCCUGCACGUACUCGCACGAUAGCGAGUGUAGCGGUUCUUCGAUGGAGGUGGUCAACGAGUUGGUGUUUGAGGAGAACCACAUCCACGCGUACUUGUGCCGGCUGUGCAACUUUGUUCAGCUUUCGCCGGACAAUAUGAAAACGCAUUUGAAAGAGGAGCACGAUCGUCAACGAUGUACUGGAAUGCUUCAGUUCAGUGCGCUGAACUUUGAACCCGACAUGUCGGCAGAGGCCUCGAAGUCGAACGAAACCCUAGAUUCAGAUAUCUCGAUGCCCGAACUUACGCCCCAGAUCACGACUAACAAGCAAAGCGACAUGUCAGCGUUCAUUCCAUCCGUCAGCGAGGAAAUUGACUCACUUCAGGUGUUGACCGAUCGCAGUUUUGUGUCGCCGCCGAAACCAUCGAUCGUUGAUCGGCUGCGGAAGAACUUGGACGAAAUGAUGCGAUCAAAAACCACGCCAAACGACGAUGACGAGUGGGAGGACAUUGAAUCUCCUACCAAGGAGGACUCGGCUAAAGCUAAGGCACUUCAAGCAGCGGCAACGAAGGCACGCCGGUCGCUGGCAGAAUCAGACAACGUUCCGAUGCCGUCACCGCUGGAAGUGAAAGAGGAGCAAGUCGAUGUUUUCGAGCGCAAGGAGGUGGUGUCGAACAUCGGGUUCUGCAAGGUCGCUGACAAAACGUGGUAUCUUUGUGUGAUUGGAGAUUGCAAGUAUGCCAAUACGAAUCGAACGGAGAUGUACGCACAUGUUAAUCAGCACGGCAACAUUGUGUGGGACGGAUUUUGCCGCCUCUGUACGGCACAGGUCAUCGACGAAGAUUCAUGUGAGCUGAGCAAAGAAGUCAAGCACAUGGCCGUUGUUCACAUCAAGGACCGCUCGGCGAUUGACGACUUGAACGUGGCGCCUCCUGCUCUAUGCCCUGUGCCGGUUCCGAUGGAAGAGCGGCCUGUUUUGAAACUGCGGAGGUUUUCCGGCGAUAAACUGUCCCUGGCGGAAGAAGCUGCUGCGGAAGAGAAGCCGAUCAAUCUGAAGCCUUGGCUGGAAAUGGCCACGGUUAAGGAGCGCGCCCACUGCCUAAACAUGCUCGAACCGAAGAGUUUGUACUGCUUCUACAAGUGCAUGGCGGUCAGCUGCUGCUUCACAACGCCCGUCGACUCCAUGAUGGACAAGCACCUGGACAAUCACGAACUGGUCGGCGACAUGCACGGUCCGGCGAGUCGCAAAAGUUGGCUGGAAUGUUCCUACUGUGAUAUUACGGCCGAGAGCAAAGCCGAUCUGAUGCGACAUCUGAAGAUGAUGCACGGAAAGAGCGCCCACCAGUGUGCGUACUGUUUCUACCGGAGCAGGGAAGCGUACAACGUCAUCCUGCACCAAAAGCUCGUGCACGGCCAGGAGAAGAAUCAGAUUUUGGUCAUCGAGGCGGACAAACAUCCGCUGACUGCCGUGGACCAGGAGCUGCUAAAUCGGCGUCGAAUGGAUAACAUUACCCCGUUGAUUUGUACCGUGUGCAAGUCGGAGUUUUGCGUUCUCGACGCGUUCAUGACCCACCUGAAGGACGUCCACCCGGACACGGUGAACGUGGCUUGCCAGUGCUGCCAGGAGAGCAUCCAGAAGCAGAAGAUGCCGCGCCAUCUGCUGACGCACCGGAUCGGGAUCUACGAGUGCAUUUACUGCAAGUUUGGCACCGACACGAUGGAAGCGAUCCAGGUGCACGUGUGCAACCAGCACCCGAUGGAGCCGUUCUACUGCUGCGUUCGGUACAACAAAACCCCCGGAAAGAUCAUGGAAGCUACCUUGAAGUCGCUGUACGAGAAAGCCCUGGAAGAGAGUGUGUUUGUGCCGUGCUCGUACACGAAGGAGGAACUCAGCUACAAGUCGGUCGAUACGAAGAGCAAUCACGAUAUAUGCUACACGGGUGUCGCCAAACCGACGGUGAUUCCGCUGCAAUUGCCACCGAUUCGUGUCGGCGAUUCAAACAUCCUGUUGAGCGCCCAGAUUCCUUCGGCUUUGUCGUCAUCGUCGUCGGUGGGGGUGUCCCAGCAGCCCAAGCAAACGUUCGUGGUUAAUCGGACGGAGGUGAUCAAGGUUCCAAUGAUUGCGUCCGUUUCCGGCGGUGGAAUCAUGCUGCCGUGCACGACGUCGGUGCCGAUCAUUUCGGCAGUUCAAGGCAACUACCAGGAGCAUGCGCCUGCACCCUCGCAGAGUAUGCCGAUCAUUACACAGGUGCGUGGUGGUGCGGCCGCAGCUGCUACAAGUUCUGUGCCGAUCAUUUCCAGGGUUGAAGGCGGUUGCACCGCAAUGGCGGUGGUCAGACCGGCCUCUUCCUUGGUAGGUACAAAGAUAGUUAUAUCGCCGAAUAAGAUGUCUGGUUUACCGAUCAUCACUAACGUAUGCAGUAUUGGUGCAUCACUUCAACAGCUACCGCAGGAGGACGAAGCGCUGAUGCUAGAAGCCGAACGUAUCGCGAUCGAAAUGAUCAAGGACACUGGGCUGCCCAAGGCACACCUCUACAAAUGCAUUUUCAAGGGGUGCAACGCUCAGUCAGCGGAUAGCAUCGGUUUGCGGAAGCAUCUAACGUACGGACACUUGCCAUCCGCGUCGUACACGUGCAGUCACUGCAAGAAGCAAAAUCAGUUUCCCAAUUUGGUGACUUUUGUGCAGCACCUGAAGUCGCACGAAACGCAGCGAGUGUUUUGCUUUAUCUGCGAUUACAAGGGAUCUUACCCGCCGGAUGUGAUCAAGCACGUGAAGGAGGUUCACAAGUUCAACAAACCAACCAUUCUGUUUCUGAACCCGAAGAAGAACGAUCCCAACAACGACAUCAUCCUGUUUGCGCCGGGUCAACCGACGGAGGCCGAGAAGAGGGCUUACUACCGUAAGCUGAUAGAUCUGUACAACCACAAAAUGCAGACUGCUCUGCUUCAGCAGAAGACGCACUUUGCCCCGGACGAGUGUGAAACGCUGCCAAAACAAGCCAUCUUCAGUCAAAUGGUUAGCUGCAGCACCUGCCAGUACAGCACCAAAGUUCGCAUCAACAUGUACCGCCAUCUGAAGGGUCACCUGAACGAUAUGCCCGUGUCGAACGUUGAUCCUAAAAAUCCUGUUCCGUGUUGGGGCCAAGGCGAGAAGCACUUUGAUCGGAUGCGCAACCCGGCCGCCAGUUCCCAGGAAGACGACGAUUUGAUCCAGUCGCUGUGCUUUGUGCAGGAAACCAAGCGUUACAUUUGCGGUGCACCAAACUGUCGGUAUCUGACCAUCAACGAAGUCAUGCUGCAAACCCAUCUCAACGCGCUGCACGGCGAUGUGAAAGAGUACAAGUGUCCGCACUGUCCAGCGGUGCACGUAUUCGCCGGUCAACUGAACGCGACCAAAGUGCUGGAGCACCUGCGACUGCACGACAAAGAGCUGUACCGAUGCAGCACGUGUCAGCUGUUCCUGAACAACCAGAAGGAUAUCAAUCGGCACGUGAGUGAUAAGCACCCGCCCAGUGCGAACGCCGCAGUGCUUGUGAUUCGGGACGGCAGCACUGCUGGCAGUGCCGCGUCCUCGGCGGACAGCGAUGUGGUCUUCAAGUGGAAGUGCGACGUUUGUAUGUUCAAAAGUGUCACUCUCGGCGAGAUGCGAUCCCAUCUGCAGGACACGCACAACAUCAACGCCAAGUAUCGAUGCGCUCGGUGCUUGUUCAGCUCGUCGCUCAAGAGUGCCUUUACCCGGCACUACGAGCAGCAACAUCCGGGAGUUGAAAUUCUCAUCAUCUCUCUGUACAAAGCGAUCGAAGGGGACGACAGCCGGGCCGAUACGACGCCUCUGUGGCGCCGGGAAGUCAACAAAACGAAGAGCAUCCGAGGAAUUCAGGUCGAGGUUGAAGAAGAUCAAGAAGACGAAGAGAACGAGGAGGAAACACCGGCGAACGUUGUCAUCGUUGGAACGCCGAGCACCUCUGGAAAGCGUCGAAGCGCGGAACUCGCGGAAGGUGCCGGCAGUUUGGCCAAACGCCCCAAGCAGGACGCUACCCCGGUGAUCAAGGCGUUCAAGUGUGGAUUCAGGGGCUGUACUUACGUGGAUGAUUUCGGAGCAGGCAUCGUGUCCCACUUCAAGGCGGCACAUCCAAACGAAAAACCGUCGGUCCUUCGCAACUCGUUGGCCAAUCCGGAACAGUCCCGCUUCGAUUACUUCCUGAAGUACGCUUGCCAUUACUGCAUCAAGAAGGCGGACACCAUCCAGGAGCUGAUUCAACACUGGAAGCAAAUGCAUCAGCUGGCGGGAACUCGCAGCAAGGACAAGCCGUUUUUGUUCCGAACCUCGAAGAUCAUCCUUUGCUUCUACUGCCGGAAGGGUGCGGUGAUGCCGGAGAUGAAGUCGCACUUUACCGCGUUCCACUCGGGACUGCAGCCCAUCUACAUGGACUUCCGCAAUCCGAAACGGUGCGCCGAGUGUGACUUCGUUAUGGGCGCCAACCGGCAAGAGAUGGUGAAUCACUUCGCCCAAAAUCACAAAGUGGAGAACGAGUAUUCCAAGGGCUGGAUAGAUUUCCUCACCGACGACGUCGUGAACAAAAUCCUACGUCUCAACAGCUCCAACUACGGCUGUGAAAAGUGUCCCUUCAUCACGGACAACAACGCGGACUUCGCGGCCCACUACACCGCCAACCAUCCCGGCCAAGCUGUGAUCUUCAACGAGUACACCGUUCCGCAGACCAUCACCUACCACUGUUCGUACAACAACUGCAAGAGCGAAAUUGCCGACGAAAAGAGCUUGGCGCACCACAUUCUGUACCACGUGCCGAUCUUCAAGUGCCUGGGCGGCGAGGGCCAGUGCAACGUACAGUUCCGUACCUUUACGAUGUUGAUGCAGCACCACCAGACGACACACAAGAACGAGGGUCUGCGUUACGCACUCAAGACUCCCGAGGAAUACAAGGAAGUGCUGCGAAUGAUCACCAUUCAGUUUUGGAACGGAUUCAUGAUGACGCUGGAGGAUGCACGGCAGGCCGGAAAUCGCUACGCAAGCUCAAACGGACUCUUCAAACUCGUCAACCAGCUUUGCCACGACUCCGUGCUCGCAGAAAGUCAAGCCCUCACGGGUCGGAAGAUGUCCGAUCGGAUUCACGGGAUCGAGCGACUGGUCGGUCGGGAGAACUGGGCCGACUGGAAGUUUGCGGUCCAAACCCACCUCGAAGUUGAAGACCUGUGGGAUGCCGUCGAACCGAAGGUGAAGGCGGAUGGAACGGUGGAAGCGGUCGACCCGGCCAAGAGCAAGCUUGCGCGAGGGAAGAUCAUCCAGUUCCUGGAACCGGUAAACUAUUACCAUGUUCGAGAAGCGAAGACGGCGCAAGAAGCCUGGAAGAAUCUGGUCGACGCGUUCGAGGAUAGCGGACUCACGCGGGAGGUCGGAUUGCUGCACAAGCUCAUCAGGACCGAUCUGGACAGCUGCGGAACGAUGGAAAUCUACGCGAACCAGAUCAUCUCGGCGUGCCACCAGCUGAAAAGCAUCGGAUUCCCGAUUCCAGACAGGUUCGUUGGUGCGUUGCUGUUGGCGGGGCUGCCGGACCGGUUCAAGCCCAUGGUGAUGGCGCUCAAGAACUCCGGAAUGGCGAUCACGGGGGACUCCGUGAAGACGAUUCUGCUGCAGGAGGAGGACGAGCUGUUGCCAGGUGAAAAAACAUUCGUUGCUAAGCGGCGAGUCAACAAGCCAGGUGGUUACCGACGCAACACCCAAACAGCGGGCGGUUUCCAUGGCGACGACCAAACAGCGAGCGGCUCUCGUAGCAACCACGGAUCGCGAAAAAGUCAGCCGGAGGAACGCGGCCCACGGUGCCGGAAGUGCAACAAAAUUGGCCACAUUGCGAAGCACUGCCCCGAGAAGGAUGCCGUGCGCGGGAAGCAAGCGUUGUGCACGGUGCUGUCUACAUUCAAGUCGGCCGGGACGGACGACUGGUACCUGGACUCAGGUGCGACACAGCACAUGACGCGGAACUUGGAGCUGCUGGAGGACGUAAGGGACAGGAGCGGAACGGUUGUAGCUGCCAACAAGGAGUCGAUGGAGAUCCAGGCAUGCGGAACGGCCACGCUCUUCCCGUCGUGUUUCAAUGGUGAGGAACCUGUUCCGGUAAGCGAUGUGCAUUUUGUCCCGGACCUUUCGACAAAUUUGUUGUCGAUCGCACAAAUCGUACGGAAGGGCAACACGGUGCUGUUCAACGCGGACGGCUGCAUUAUCCGGAACGCUGAUGGCGGCGUCGUUGCGACCGGUGUGAUCGAGGAUGACCUGUUCAAGGUGGACCAGCGUAAGAACAAGGCGCUGGCGUGCUCGCGCGUGGAGACCCUCGAGACUUGGCACAAGCGCCUGGGUCACCUGAACGUGAGCAGCAUCAAGAAACUGGCCAACGGUGUAGCCAGCGGUGUGCAGAUCAACGGAGACGGCAUGGACGAUUGCCAGAUUUGCCCGAUGGGGAAACAAGCUCGACUGCCGUUCAGCAAGAGUGGUUCCCGCGCCGAGGAGUUGCUUGAGGUAAUUCAUUCCGAUAUCGCUGGCCCGAUGGAGCUGCCGUCCCUCGGCGGUUGUCGGUAUUACGUUUCGUUUAUCGACGACAAGUCCCGGCGAGCAUUUGUGUACUUCCUCAAGACCAAGUCGGAGGACGAAGUACUGGCUUGCUUCAAAGAAUUCCAUGUCCUGGCGGAGCGCCAGACAGGCCGGAAGUUGAAGACGUUGCGUACGGACAACGGCAAAGAGUACGUCAACAAGGGCUUCCGAGAGUACUUGAAGCGGGUGGGCAUCCGACACCAGACCACCAACGACUACACUCCAGAGCAGAACGGGAUGGCCGAACGCUUCAACCGGACAGCAGUCGAGAGAGGGCGCUGCAUGUUGUUCGAGGCCAAGCUACCGAAACCGUUCUGGGCCGAGGCGGUGAAUGCUGCAGUUUACCUCAUGAACCGAUCGCCAACCAGCGGUCACAGUCUCACACCGGAGGAGAUGUGGAGCGGAAAGAAACCGGAUCUCUCUCACGUUCGCGUGUUCGGAACGAAGGCGAUGGUGCAAGUGCCGAAAGUCAAGCGCAAGAAGUGGGAUUCGAAGUCUCGUGAGUGUGUGCUGAUUGGAUUUGAAGAGGACACGAAGGGGUACCGCCUGUACGACCUCGCGAGCAAGACUUUCCUGAAGAGUCGCGAAGCGACUUUCAUCAACGAAGGCUUGGGCGAGAAAGCGGCUGUCACGAAGAAGAAACCGGAGGUAAUUUCCCUUGACUUCGGUACAACUCCGAAGGUUGAUGCCGCGCAGCAGCCUGGACUGGUUCCGCCGGAACCGGAUGCCGUUGAGGAGGAGCAGCCUCUCGAUGUUGAUGAUGUCCUCGAAGACGACGGCCACGAAGAGCCUGUGGUGGAAGCUGUGGUCCCUGGGCCUAGGACCGAUGCUGUGGUCGAUGACCAAGUAGCUGGCAGUAGUUCCACCAUGACCAACGUGCUCCCUCCGCAAAACAUUUCCAAACCACCCGGGUCAGGGGUGUUGGGGCGCAGCGGUCGGGAGCACAUCCUUCCAGGCAAGUACAAAGACUUUAUCGUUUCUGGCAAAGGUCUACCCGUGUCCACCAUUUCUCAGGCACUCGACGACGAUUCGAGCGACUCCAGCGAAUACGAUGAUGCCGAUGAUGUUGAGUUUGGAGGGCUAGCAGCUGGCCACCGAGACGAUCCACUUGCGGAACCGCGGACCUACGCGGAGGCGAUGGCGUCGCCGGACGCGGAGCGCUGGAAGCAAGCGAUGGUCGACGAGCUUGAGUCGAUCAAGGCCAACGAGACGUGGACUCUCGUCGACCUGCCGCCGGGUCGGAAGGCUGUUGGCUCGAAAUGGGUCUACAAAAUCAAGCGGGACGCGGAUGGUCGCGUGUUGCGGUUCAAAGCACGGUUGGUUGCACAAGGAUUCAGCCAACAAUACGGGACCGACUACGACGAGGUGUUCGCGCCGGUGGUGCGACAAACGACCUUUCGCGCGCUGAUGGCUGUUGCUGCGAAGAAACGCAUGACCGUGAAGCAGUAUGACAUCAAGACCGCCUUCCUGUACGGCGAUCUUGAGGAGGAGAUUUACAUGCGUCAGCCACGCGGAUUCGAAGGCGCCAAAGGCAAGGUGUGCAAGCUGAAGAAGAGCCUGUACGGACUGAAGCAGGCGGCGCGGUCCUGGAAUCAGAAGCUUCACGAUGCCUUGAAGCGGCAGGGAUUCGACCGGUGUGUGGCGGACACGUGCCUGUACCGCAAGCGACGAGCUGGACGUUGGUGCUAUGUUCUUGUGUACGUGGACGACUUGAUUGUUGCGAGCGAAGAUCCGAAGAUGAUCGAGGCCUUGGCUGGAGCGCUGCAGCAAAACUUCGAGAUGAGCGUGCUGGGAGACAUCCGGUUCUACCUCGGCAUGGAGAUCGAGAAGAACGCACAAGGUGACUACUUCCUGAGCCAACGGAAGUACAUCGGAGAGGUCGUCGAGUCGAGCGGACUUGCGGACGCGAAGGUGUCCACUGUUCCCCUGGAUCCGGGGUACAUCAAGCGCGAGUCGGAGGAGGAGCCUCUUCCGGACAACAAAGAGUACCAGAAGUUGGUUGGGAAGCUGCUGUACAUUGCCGUCAACACGAGGCCGGACAUCUCGGCGGCGGUGUCCAUCUUGAGCCGCAAGACCAGCAGGCCAACGCAGGACGACUGGAACGAGCUGAAGCGGGUCGUGAGGUAUCUGAAAGGAACCAAAGAUUACCGAUUGCGACUGAGCCAGAACGGAACCGACAGCGGGAUCGUUGGAUUCUGCGACGCCGACUGGGCGGAGAACCGAGAGGACAGAAAAUCCAACAGCGGGUUCGUGUUCAAGGUCAACGGCGGAACGGUGAGCUGGGCAUGCAGGAAGCAGAGCUCGAUGAGUUCACUAACACUGAGUUCUGUUUCGGACAGAAUUACGUACACUCCGUUGUGGGGACAAUACGGGUCGGUAAAGAAGAGUGCGGGUCGGUAUAGCAAGCGGUGUUUGCGGUCGCGGUCUUGGUCCGGGCAGAAAAUAACACCCCGUGGUCGGCUGCUGGAGCAGUUGGAAGUGUGCUGCGAGGAGCUCAAUGUAGCGAUAAUGGCCGAACUGGACGAGCGUGAGCGCAUCAACCAGGAGCUGCGGGAGCAGGUCCACCAGGAGCUGGACAUCGCCAGGGGUCUGAUCUACUAUACUCCUGGCUUGGAGGGGCUCAAGAAAGUCCACACCAAAUUGGAGAGCAUUGUCAUCGAUCGGAGUAAAAGGGUCAAAUCCGACAACUUGCGAAAGCUUCUCGAAAGCGUGAAGCUCCUCCAAAAAAAGGCUGACAUCAAUGAAGAGAAAUCAUCCAAAGCGGCGCCUGUUGUGGAACCGGUUACCUCCACGACAAGCACUCCGGUUGCCGUUGUUCCGGCAACAAUCCAACCGAGUGCUUCCCCGGUUAAAGUUCCAGCACCGGUGCAAUCUCCGCCGAUUGUUUCACCUUCAAAACCCGCCCUUCCGGCACCAGAGACUGCACCGGUCGAGUCAACCAAAGUGGUCCCAGCGGAUUCCGCUCCAAAUGUCACCUCCGGAAGUCCACUUGCUGUUCCGGAAAUUCAGAAAGAUAAACCCGCCGAGGAGGAGAUCCGACCACCGCGGGAAAUUAUCACCGAACAGGCCAAACUCAAGCAGAAGGAACAAAUUCCGUGGCGGACGCCGACUCGUUUGGAACAGUUCCGGGAGGUGCGCAACAAGUCACAGCAGCCCAAAAAGGACGAGGUCCAGAAGAAGAGCUCAGCGAGUAGAAACUUUGUGGAGCCGUUGCCGCUGAAUGAACCCGAGCGGUUGGCACUACGAUACAAGACGAAAGUUAGAAAGCGUCCCGCUGAGGAGUCGUUGCCGUCACCGGCGGAGUCUCAUUUCAAGAAGCCAUUUGCGCUUCCGGAAGUGGAAUCGCAGAAACCUCUAUUCCAGCGACGUCACCAACUGGCGCAACCUGCCGGGGGACCGAGAGCGGGUAACUUACCCAUGCCAAGUCGAGAUCCGCGCAACUACGGUGACUACUGUAACCGCCGAAUGACGCUGUCGCAGAACCAGGCCCGGUUCGAACGGCAACAGCAGCAUUACUUUCCACCCCAGAGGAAACAGCAUCAGCAUCAGCAGCAUCACGAGCAACCGGCAAGACCGGUGGCCGCCGCUCAUCCGUUUGCAGUUCCAGCUCAGGUGGCGUCAACGGCGCCAAUGCAACGCCCAGCUGCGCCGAAGGCAUCCGUUGCGCCGAACAGUUCCAGACCCGCUGUUGCACCGGUGGCGACGCCGACCGCUCCAGAGCCACCUGUGGCGGUGAUUCGAAACGACACCAGGAAAACCAACCCGGUGUAUGGAAACGAUGAGCCGAUUCGGCUGGGCAAGAAGGACGAUCCGAAGAAGCAGAUCUCACCGGCGAAGCCAGCGGAAGAGCCGGAACCUAAGCCGAUAGAGAAGGAGGUCGAGAAGAAGACUGUUGAAGAGGAGAAACCUGCACCGGAAGUCAAGAAGCCGUCCACGCAGAAGGAGAAGGACAGCGCACUACAUAAGGACCUGUACGAAAUGCUGAAAGUGUUGGGCGAUGAUAAAGCGAAGCAAAUUCUGGACGUGAUGGGCACAAAGUCGGAUGAAGAAGCGGAGGAGCAACCAAAGGAGCAGCAGCAGGAUGAACAACAAACCAAGCGUGGUAAGACUGAGAAAAAGGCCGCCGGCAAAAAGUUCAAACGCAUUCGCGCGGCGAAACCGGACGAAUCGUCGUCGGAGGAUGAAGCUGCGCAGAAGCAAAAGACAGCGCCUGAGCAGACAGCAAAGAAGGAGAAACCUACAAAGUCGGCGGCUAAGAGAUCUUCUGGAGGAAGUCGCGAGUUGAGUGCACUCAUUGAGAACUCUAGCGAUUGGAUGGCCAAGGGUAACGUGGAGAAUCACUACACCAGACGGCGGGCAAACACCGUUCAGCAGCAAACUAGUCCGCAGAGAAAGGAUGAGGACAAGAACUCGACGCAAGUCAUAUCCGACGAUGAGGGAGCAGCGAGUUCGAAGCAACAGGUUGAAGAUCCUCUGCUGACGGUGGCCAAGGUGGUCCCGGCAGCGCCAACCAAGGGCAAGCAAAAGGCCAAGGAGACGACCAUCGUGUACAACGACAAGAAGACGGUUCAUUGCAACAGCAACUACUCGAGCAACUGUGCGUUGUGCUCGUUCAACGGGUCGGCGAUCGUCGAUCACUACGUGUACGACCACAAGACGUACGAGGUGUUUGUGAGUCGAGUCUCGCCCAAGAUGGCCGACAUAAUCCGGUCGGAUCUGUUCGUGACCAACGGAACGUUGGAGACCGUUGGCGACAACAACGAGGAGAAGAUUCGCUUCAAGUGCUACUUCUGCUUGGCCCCGAAGGAGUUGGGACGCGUCGAGUGGACGGACCAUUUGUCGUCGCACACGGGCGAGUACCGCUACCGGUGCACCAGCUGUCCGGUCAUGUCCCGUACGGAGGAGCUGGGCAGCAAAUUCUUUCACGAAAAGUCGUGCAUGAAGCCAACGCUGGCAGUCUACAACAACAUCGAGUUCGAAGACAACCAUAUUUUUGGAUUCAUCUGCGACGCCUGCAACUUUAUCCAAAUUCGUCGGGUCAACAUGGAGCGUCACUUGAAGCGGGAACAUCCUUCCUCGGACGUGACCUGCAGCCGGUUCAGUAUUCUCAACUACAAGGUCGAAACCAAACCCAUCGUCGACGAGGAACUGCUGAUGAUGGCAGACAUGACACCAGCUUCAAGCCAGCCAACCGUGAUGAUCCCGUUCACCGCGAAAUCCGAACCCAUGGACACGUACGAGAUCGUCAACCAACCGUUCACCGAGGACGAAGAAAUGCCGGAACUGUCGCACCUACCUCGCCGCACAGAAUUUCGCCUGGAGUCCGUCCACAUCGGCCAGGUCGGCGGAAGUCUCCCCAGUCAGCUGGCUCAGCUACCGUUCACGAUCAAGAUGGAACCGGGUCUCCAGCAGGACGCCAUAACCAGCUCAAACAGCUACGAGUCCCCGAUGUCACCGGAACCGGCGAGUUCGUCGGAAGCCCAAGCCUCAAUUCCAGUCCUGCAAAUCCAGUGCGUGUCCGGUGGAGUCGACCUGAGUGCGUACGCCACCAUCGUCAAACAGGAGAAACCGGACGACGAAGGGUGUGAGUCGGACGCCAGCGAUGCCACCGUAGAUCUCAACCUGUCCGGCGAACAGGGUCGCCAGUGUGCAACGGAUGCGAAUCAACAGAACAACAACAGCAGUGGCGGGACGACGACACCGACCGGAAGCGAGUCAAGCGGUGCUGGGGGAGCUACGGACGCUGCUGGAACAAGUGGUGGUCAAGCCGCCGGUGGAGGUGGUGCAGCGGGUGGUGCUGGUGGGGACGGCGGAGACGAUCGCAAGAAGGAGGAGUUCCCCGUGCCGUUGCAGAUCAAGGUUGAGAAGGACGAAGCUGCCGAGGAGGAGGAGGAGGAGAAAAAGAAGAAACAGCAACUGGAAGGUGUAACGACCGCCAUGGAGAACGUCAAAGUGAAGACGGAAAAACCCGACUGCAAGGCCCCCCAACUCGACGCAACCUCGUACGACUUUGCUGAGCUGGUUCUGGACAGCAAGCGGAUGCAGUACGUUGCCUACGUCGAACGCAACUCGGAGGCCCUGUUCCUGUGCAUUCUGCCAGGCUGCAAGUUCAUCACGAAGAUAGCGGACAGUUUGAGCAACCACAUUGCGAAGAAGCACAGUCGCGUGCUCUGGGACGGCUACUGCCAGGAAUGCCGCUCGCAAAUCACUCCGGCGGAUUGUCCCAUGACCGAGGAGUUUCAGCAUCUGCUGACAACCCACGCGCGCAGGAAGACCCCUCCGUUAGAGACCCCAACGGUCAAUGCGUUGCCGCCGGUUGUUGCAGCUGCGGCAGCCACCGCUCCGAACGUGAUUCGAAUUCGCAAAAUGCCCGGCGAUACGCUGUCGCUUGGGGACGCGUUGAAUCCUCCCCCGUUGAUGCCGAUCUUGCCGCAACCCGUUCCCGUACAGGCCUUCACAUCGCCGAUGAUUCUCCAGUCGGGUGCUACAAUAUCGCCAGCUCCAGCUGCGCUCAAUCAGCUGUUUACGCCGACACACACCAUCCCGGCCCAGAUUCGACCCAUCACGGCCACCGUCGGGCCGAACAUUUCCGUGACUCCGGUCAUCCGGGCGCCCACUUCCUUACAGACCGGACCACAGCGUACGGUGCGGCUGAAGCCGUGGACCAACAUGGUGACGACGAAGAGCCAGGAACACUGCCGCGAAAUGCUCGAGGAGAUCAGCCUGCACUGUUUGUUCAAGUGUAUGUCCCGCGCUUGUGCGUUCACCUCCAACAGUCGCCUCAUGAUGGAACAACAUUUGACGAAUCACGACAACGUGUACCGUUCGGGACCGACCAGCCUGCGCAAGUGCUGGCUCGAGUGCGCCUAUUGUGACCUGAUCGCACCGAACAGCGCCGACCUGCUGGUCCACAUUGACACGGAGCACGCCAACUGUGGCUUCCAGUGCAAUAUGUGCUUUUACCGGAGCCGCGAUCCCACAAACGUUGUCGUGCACCAGAAGGAUCAUCACCCAUCGUCGGACAUCCCGAAGAAGAUCCUCAUCAUGCCGGACAACCUGAAGAGCUUCGGUGACGCUGAGUGGCGUUCCAUGCAGGCUUCGCUCCGGCAGCACGUGCUUCCGUUGCACUGUACCAUUUGCAAGGAGUCGUUCUACAUCCUGUCGGCGUACAUGACCCACCUGACGAGCCACUCGCAGUGCCUGAUCAACUGCCAGGUGUGCAACGCGACCAUCGACAAGAAAGUGAUGGCGCGUCAUCUGCUGCAGCACUCGAUCGGGUUGUACGAGUGCGUGUACUGUCUGUUCGGUGCCAACACCAAGUCCACGAUGGCCCUGCACGUCAGCAACGCCCACAGCUCGAAGCCGCUGUACUGCUGCGUUCGGUACAACAAGCAGAGAUCGGAUGGCGUUGAAUACCCGCCGAACAAGAUCGAAUCGAUGGAGCUGAAGACGAUGAGCUGUACCGUAUCGCCGGAUUUGUUCAAGCGGUGCAGCUACAGCCAGGACGAGUUGAACUUCAAGCCGCCAGAUUUGGAAACCAAUCGGGUCAUGUCGUAUCGGAAGGUUGGGAUCGCUGUUCCAUCAACGCCAUCGUUGGAUCAGUUAAGUGCGUCGCCCGCUUCCAACAUCCAGAUCCAGAUAACGGACGAAGCCGGUCGGCCGUUAAUCAUUUCGAUUCCGGUUAAGAACCCUGCGCAAUCGGCGCCACUAGUUCCGGUUGCAGGACCAUCAACGGCUGCGCCAGCACCGGUUCCCGUUGCGAUCCAUUCCGUCCAGAUGCCAACGAUCAGUACGGUUCAGGGUGGUGUGACGAUCAAUCAGUCUCAGCUUCAGGCUCAACCCAAACCGGCUCCACUUCCGGUGAUUGCCGCCGUUCAGGGUAGUCUUCCUCCGUUGACGGCCAUCAGCCAGCUGAAGCAACCGGGCAUGCCUAUCAUCAGCAACGUUCAGAGCAUCGCACCACCUCCGUUGACGAUCAAACCAAGGUCUUCGUCACCGGCGGUAGUUUCGACGAGUGGCGGCGUCAGUACGUCGUACUCGAUCCCGGCGACCAUUUCGGCGGUCAGCAGCAGUUCGACUGCGGAUAUCUACACGACAACGGUGGCCGAAGCGGACACGCAGUCAAACAGUGCGGCGGAGUUGGUCGUCGGCAAUGCGGAAUCGGAUGGUACUGGAAGCAACUCCCAGUCUCCGGCGCCAAGUUCAAGUUUGGUCACGACGACAUCGUCAACUUCAACCACGUUGACGACGACGAUUGGUGGAUUGAAGGCGGGACCGGCGAAGAAGCUGGCCAGCACGACCCAGAUUCGGAUAGACUUUUUGUUCAACGGAAGUAUCGACAAGUUUGACCGGCUGGAGCGGAAGGUCAGCGAGAUGAUCAAGCACACGGGCUUUUGCGGACAGGAGUUGAACGCGUGCGGCGUUGAAAAGUGCAACAGUCGGUACAGCGAUCCGGUCAAGCUGAAUCUGCACCUGCUCAAGCAUCACAGUGUGUCGAGCUACAAGUGCUACCACUGCGUUGAGCGGUUCAAGACGGCUCAUGAGUUGAUAACGCACAUCAAAACGCACGGCCGGCAUCGAUAUCUGUGCUUCCUGUGCGAUGCCAAGAGUCACUUUUUGAAGAUGAUGAUCGUGCACGUGCAGCACGACCACAAAAGCUCGGACGUGAUCCUGACGUAUCUGCAUCCGAAGAAACGAGACAUCCACAACGAUCUGGUGGUAAUUUGUCCGCAGAACGUGACCCAGAUUCAGCUUCAGGACUACAUCAACAAGAUACUGGACGAGAAGGAGGCGGAUGCAACGCCGGCCAUGGCCAUACCUGCGAAAAAGAAAAAGUUCGCUCCCUCCGAGAUCGACCAGCUUCCGGCGGAGGAGAUAUUCGCGGAAGAUUUGCUCUGUGCCAACUGCGAAUACGCCACCAAGAUCCGGAAGAACUUGAAGCGCCACCUGGAGAAGCACCUGGAUCUACCGGUUGAGGGCGUACCGGUCGUCGUUUCACCAACUAUGGACUCGGAACCAUCGGCAACGCCUCCACCAGAGGAACCGGAUAAACCAACCGAGCCGCAGCUGAUCGACCAGGACAAGCUGUACCAGUGCGGCAUCUGCAAGUUCGAGUGUGAACCGGUGAUUGCCGAGUUCCGGACGCACCUGUACCGCGUCCAUCGGCACGAGAAGGUCUACAAGUGCACGCACUGCGGGACGAUCGUGAACAACGGCUUUUUGUGCAUCGACAAGAUCGUCAACCACCUGAAGCUGCACCGCGAGAAGCUGUACAAGUGCAGCGAGUGCGAGUACUACCGGGACGAAAAGUACCUGAUUCCGCAGCACCUGAAGCAGAACCACGCCGGAGUGGCUGGGGCUUGUGUGGUGACGGUUCGGGAGAAGGGCAUUCAGCAGCAGCUGCAGCCGCAGCAGCCGGACGAUCAAGAGUGGCAGUGCGAUCUGUGCGAGACGAUCCGGCGGACGCGGGACGAGAUGGUGGCGCACAUGACCGGCGAUCACAAGCUGAGCGACAAGCAGUACAAGUGCUCGUACUGUUCGUACAAGUCGAGCGAGCACGACUCGUUCAAGAUUCACUUUGCCGAGAGUCAUCCCAAGUGUGAGAUUUUGAUCAUUUCGCUGUUCCAUGCGGUGACGACGGCGGCGGUUCAGACCACCACUCAGAUCGCGGUAGUUGGGACGCCGGUGACGGUGCCAACGGUGGCGAGUAUGGAACUGGUUGAAGCUGGUGCGGAACCGACGACGACGACGACGUCCACGGCGAUGUCUCGGAAGAGGUUCUCCUGCGGCAGCGAGGCUUGCUCGUUUGCUUCGUUGAAUCUGCAGAUUGUGAAGAAACACUUUGUGGACCAGCAUCCGGAGGAAUCGGUGGUGGUGUAUGACGAUACCGGAAUCGAGCGGGAGAAGCGCAAGCGGUUCGACUACUUUAUCAAGUACGGGUGCGCCUAUUGUGCGGACAAAUUUGCCGUGAUGGACGACGUGAUCGAGCAUUGGUACAACACGCACAUGGGCACGGGGGAAAGCGUGAAACCGUUGAUGUUCAAACUCUUCAAGCUAGUACGGUGCGUGUACUGUGACAAAUUGGCUACGUACGACGAGAUCAAGGAGCAUAGUGCUGCGAUCCAUCCCGGCCAGUUGUUUGCCUGUAUCGAUCACCAGAAUGUGUUCAAGUGCGGCGAGUGUCCGCAUAUCCUGGAGAACCACGACAGCGCAGAUCUUCUGAAGCAUUUCAAAAUCUACCACAGUCUUAGCAAGGUUGAAGAUCCGUGCGAUUACAUCGACGACGAGUUCCUGCACCGCAUGCUCGAGCAGAACAACAACCGUUACACGUGCAACCACUGCCUGCUCGAGUACGACAGUCGCUUCGAGUACGAGUGCCACAUCGCGGUUUGCGAAUUCGCCGGCCUCCCCUCAAGCUUCAAAACAACGCCCAAAUCGGUCGCUAUCCAGUUCAACUGCAGCGGCUGCGAUGCUUCGUUCAACAGCGAGUUCGCCAUCGCCGAUCACAUCCGGACGCACCUCACGCAGUACAGCUGCAGCUUCUGCAAGCGCGAGUUCAAAGAACUGCACCGGCUCGAUCAACACCAGGUCGAGUUCCACAACGUAUCGCACAACGCCACGAUCAUCCUCAAAGAUCUCAACCAACAUCGCCUCUUUUUCACCAAAAUCCGAAUGCUCUUCCCCAACGGCCUGCUCCUCAGCAAAAUGGACGCCCACCGAACCGUGUGCGGCUCCGUCGAGGACAUCAUGAACCACGUCCGCACCAUCAACACCAAAGAAGUGUUCACCCUCAAGCUCCAAAAAGCCCUCCAAAUGCCCCUGCUCUACGAAAACGACGACUACGAAACCGUCGAAACGACCUGCGCCCAAUUCCUCGACAGCAAACCAACCCACUUCACUCUCCCACUAGAAAACCUCGCACCCAACCACAUAACAGAAAUCCAAGAGCAAGUCUACGCCCUGCACAAGGCCACCCACAAAAAGACCCAGUCCCGCAAACGUGGCCGGCCGCGCAAAACCAACCGCGUCGUCUACAACGAGUCCGCCGAGGACGAAGACGACGACGACGAGUGGACGCCGGCCCACAAACGCAUCGGCUGGUCCCGACCCGGAUCGUCGCGACCAACGACGACGGCAGCGAUUGCGUCGGUUACAGUUAAGAAAGAGUACGAUGAAGCGACGACGACGACGCCAACGACGACCUCGGGACGGGUUAGCAGUCGGAAUAGCAGCAGCAGUUCGGACGAUGAGUUGUUGAUCAAUUUUAAGAAGGAGAAGCAGGACGAGCAGGAAGAAGAGGUCGCUGUUGCCGUUAAGGAGGAGAAGAUGGAGGAGGACGGCGGUGGGGGCGGUGUAACGGCGGAUUUGCUCGUUGAGAUGCCGCUUGCGAAGGAGGAGGAUGAUGGCGAAGAAGAAGGAUUUGAGGGAUUCUAGUGAGAUGAUGAUUGAAUGAAUUGAUCCGUGUUUUUGUGUGAUCGAGGAAGCGAAAAUGUGUCAUGUUACUGGUUUAAAAUAUAAGAGACAACAAAAUUUAAAACUUGGUUU